GCGACGACGACGGCUGGCGCACCUCAGCCGCCGAGUCUGACAGGAGCGCGCGACGUCGUAGUGUUCCUGAGACUGACUCGAGUGGGUCUAGGCCUGACUACUCAUUCGGCUCGCUGCGACAACACCUUGGAUUUCAGCUGUGACCUGAGCUCAGCUGCACACACAUCUUGCCCUGACCACUGGUCUCCCAUGUGCGCCGGUAAACGCUGCGUGUCAUCGGUGCGUAGGCUCGACCGUCACGAGGAACCAGCCCAUCCGUGUCUUCUGGAAAAAGUGCGAGACGUCUUAUCGUGCUGACUGGCUUCUGCAGACACGAGCCGUGCUUCCUGCAAGGCCCCUUUAUUGGUGUUUGCUGGCUUCUAGGCGGCGUUACUCAAGGGUGCUCAUGGCUGGUCCACUGGAAGAUGUCGUGGGAAACGAGAAGGAUGCGCUGCUGCCGCUGUGGACCGUGCUGGGCAUCGUGACUGGGGCGCUGCUGAUCUCACUGCUUGUCAAGCUGUACACGGUGCUGACCGUCGGCAAGUGCUCCUCCGACGUCGACAUGGCAGGAAAGACAGUCAUCAUAACUGGAGCCAACACAGGCAUCGGCAAGGAGACCGCGCGCGAGCUUGCGCGGCGCAACGCACGUGUCAUUCUGGCGUGCCGUAACCCUGUCAAAGCGAAGGAGGCCGCGGCUGACAUCCACGCCUCGACGGGCCGUAGCGUGGUGCUCAUGCAGCUCGACCUCUGCUCCCUGAACUCGGUGCGGCAGUUCGCCCGCCACGUGCUCGCCACGGAGCCACGUCUCGACGUCCUCAUCCUCAAUGCCGGCAUGAUGUCACCUCCGAAUAGAGAGGAGACCGAGGACGGCUUCGAGGCCACUUUCCAAGCAAAUCACCUCGGGCAUUUCCUUCUGACACAUCUUUUACUGGAUCUGCUGAAGAAGAGCAAGCCGAGCCGUGUGGUGGUCGUCGGCUCGUGCGGCCAGGUGGCCGGUCGGCUGAACACGGAAAACCUGAGCUUCGGCCGCUACUGGUUCCCACUACUCAACUACUGCACCACCAAGCAGUGCAACAUGCUCUUCACCGUCGAGCUCAGCAGGAAGCUGACGGGAUCCGCGGACUGGGCAGAGGAACCGUUCGAAGCCAAGGGGAACAAAAUGUCGGCGGCGACGUCGAGUCCUCGACAUGAGAUGCAAGCUGAGCGGCAACGAUGUGGUCUGGAAGACGCUGUCUCGAAGCUGUCUAGCCCUAGCGGUGAGAACAUCGACUCGCAGGGAGGUUUCACCGUCGACAACCAUCCCGCCGACACAAACCUUCGCAAGAGACAAUCGAGUGAGUCUGGUGCGAUCAGGCAUUCGCAUCACUGGACUUGCAUGACCUCCUCUUACAUCUUCCUAUACAGCGGCACAUGCUAUAGAGAGAUACAUCUUCCUGGCCUAGCGGAGGACACUAAUAUUUUGCAGACCGUCAAAGAAGGCGCAGAGACAACAAUAUACCUUGCCGUUUCCGAGGAAGUUGAGAACGUGAGCGGGAAGUAUUUCAAAGACUGCGCCCCCACCUUUGCUGUACCGUGGGCUACGAACGCGGUCGCGGCGAAGAAGCUGUACGAAGAGUCCAUCAGAAUGACGCAGAUCAAGGAAGUCAUCUGAAAGGAAGACAUCUCAACGCUCGAAGAAAGCGGGACUUUCUUGUUAUCACCUGCUGCGCUUAUUGCUGUCGAUCUCAGUCACCUUCCUCCAUGGGGGACCAGCUGUGACCCGCAGGAGCAGCGACGGCUGAUCCAGUGAGCACGCGCCACCCUGCGAGG